AUGUCAGCUUGGACACAUUUGGUACGUUUUGUAGCCGUCGAGGAUGACCAAGUUCACUUGGGUCAAUUAGUCGACCCAACGCGUGACGUCGGCCUAGACUCUACCAACGGAGUCCCUAUCUAUGCAUUUGAAAUAGAGGGAACGAUAUAUAAUGGCAAAGUAACAAGAAAUACUUUGCAAGUCCGCAAGCUACUUUCACCAAUUGUUGCAGAGGAGUGUCCCUACAUUCGAUGCAUUGGUCUUAACUACAAGCUUCAUGCACAGGAGGCCAACAUGGCAAUUCCUACCGUCCCGGCCCUUUUCUCCAAACCUCGCACCGCUAUCACCGAUCCGUAUCCGACCACAAUUAAUAUCCCUAAGGUUGCUCAAGAUGGCUCAAGUGAUUACGAGGCCGAGCUAGUCAUUGUGAUCGGAAAGUCAGCCCGGGACAUUACCGCCGAACUGGCUUCUUCGUAUAUCCUUGGAUACACAGCCGCCAACGAUGUCUCAGCGCGGGAUGAGCAGAUGAAAACCCCAAUGCCUUGUUUCUCCAAGGGAAUGGACUCCAGUUGUCCAUUGGGCCCUGCCUUAGUUUCCACGGAUGUUAUUACUAAGCCCGAAGACUUGAAAAUCAACGCAAUCUACAAUGGAAAAACGGUUCAGGAUGGCCAUACCAGUGACCUGAUCUUUGGAGUGUCCGAACUCGUGGCCUACUUGUCGCAAGGGACUACCCUUGAGCCUGGAUCGAUUAUUCUGACAGGAACACCGCCGGGAAUUGGAUACUUCCGGUCCCCCAGAGUCUUUCUUGGAAAUGGAGAUGACAUCCGGGUUUAUAUUGAGGAAAUUGGGACACUGGUUAACAAGGUUCACUACGAGUAG